AGGUCUCAGAGCGUUCCGGCUAUGCACUUUGGCUUCCUCGGUCUCGGUCUCGCCCUCGCCCGAACUCCGCCCGGCGGCCCCCCGCCCUCUGCCCCCAGGCGUCGGUGGCCCCUUUAAGGCGUGCUCCGCCCCCGCCCCGCCCUUCCCGGGUUAGUGAGGGAGCGCCCGGCUCCGGCAGGCUCUCGGCCUCCGCUCAUUCCUGAUCCCGCGGUGGGCGCAAUGGCGGGGGCUGUAUUGAGGGUCGCCCGGCGGCAGCUGAGCCAGCUUGGCGGGUCUGGAGUCCCCAUCCUCCUGCGACAGAUGUUCGAGCCUGUGAGCUGCACCUACACGUACCUACUGGGUGACAGAGAAUCCCGGGAGGCCGUUCUGAUCGACCCGGUCCUGGAAACAGCACCUCGGGAUGCCCAACUGAUCAAGGAGCUGGGGCUGCGGCUGCUGUAUGCUGUGAAUACCCACUGCCACGCGGACCACAUUACAGGCUCGGGGCUGCUCCGUUCCCUCCUCCCUGGCUGCCAGUCUGUCAUCUCCCGCCUUAGUGGGGCCCAGGCUGACUUGCACAUCGAGGAUGGAGACUCCAUCCGCUUCGGGCGCUUCGCCUUGGAGACCAGGGCCAGCCCUGGCCACACCCCAGGCUGUGUCACCUUCGUCCUGAAUGACCACAGCAUGGCCUUCACUGGAGAUGCCCUGUUGAUCCGUGGGUGUGGGCGGACAGACUUCCAGCAAGGCUGUGCCAAGACCUUGUACCACUCGGUCCAUGAAAAGAUCUUCACACUUCCAGGCGACUGUCUGAUCUACCCUGCUCAUGAUUACCAUGGGUUCACAGUGUCCACCGUGGAGGAGGAGAGGACUCUGAACCCUCGGCUCACCCGCAGCUGUGAGGAGUUUGUCAAAAUCAUGGACAACCUGAACUUGCCUAAACCUGAGCAGAUAGACUUUGCUGUUCCAGCCAACAUGCGCUGUGGGGUGCAGACACCACCCCCUGCCUGAUCUCACUUCUGUCAGAUGCUCCCAUCAAGUAUUAAUGCACUAGGCGGGAGGAGAGGGUGGCGUUGACACUGUACCUCUCCUUUCCCACCCCAUGCCCGAACCCCAGCCCCUGGAGCUUCCUAAAUAAAACUUCUUUUUAACAUGA